UAUAUAAUAGAAUAGAUGAUUACUAUUAACAUAGAAACUCCCAAUCAUACUAGAUAUUAAGGAUUUCUUCAUAAAGUAGACAUCACCGAAAAUACAAUUUUGUUACAUUCUGUAAUAAAUUAUGGAAAAGCAAAAAGACCCAUAAAAUAAAAUAUUUCUGAUAAUAAGAAAUAGAACUAUUUUAUACAAUUUCCCUUAGAAUAUGUUAAAACUGAUACUAUCAUUACUACUAAUGAUGGAAAAUCAUAUAAAGCUAAACUACAAAAAAUAGAUACCUAUACUAAAUUUCCAAUUUUCCAGAAUAUCUAAUUAAUUUCUAAAUAAUUGGAAGACAGUGAAAGGACAACUUUUGACUUCAAAUCUCAUAGAUUAAUUUCCAUUAAUAAAAAAUAGUAGAUCAAAAUGAAAUAAUCAGUUCAAAAUUAAAAUAAAUCUGUUGAUCUUUAAUAAUCAAGUCCUUCUUGUAGAACUAAUAAUCAUAGGUUAUAAGCUAAAUUUAAAGAAUUAACAGAAUAAAUAGGUUAUAGACCUAAACUUAAAUUUAAAAAUUGA